AUGGCGGUAAACGCCGCGGUAUUGGUUUGGUUAGCGCUUCUGGUGGUCGCGCAAACGCUGGUCGUGCGAGCAGUGCUAGUGGUGCCGAUCUUUAGGCGGGAGGACGGGAAAGGGGAGAAGACAGAGGCGGCAGCAGCGACAGCAGCCGCUGCUGCUGCCGCAGAGCCCUGCGGUGCCCAGAAAGUGUUCGUUUUCCUUGGGUCCGGAGGCCAUACGGGCGAGAUGCUUAGAAUACUUGAGUUGUACCGUGAUACGUUACUGGGAACUGGGUCGCAUGUUGUUGUCGGUUACAGCGACCAAGCCAGCAGGCAAAGAUUUGAGAGCUUUAGCAGGGCGUCGUUGGAACAUCCGCACGCCGAGUACGUGCGGUUUCGCAAGGCGCGCGAAGUUGGAUCUGGAAAGCUGCGCGCACUGUGCACGGUGUUCGCGAGCACGUUGCAGAGCGUUUUCACGCUGACGAAACUGCACGCAACGCUCGUGGGCGGACCACAUUUGGUGCUGUUGAAUGGACCCGGUACUUGCUGUAUCAUUGCGUACUGGCUUCGGUUUCUGGAUGUGGUCACGUGGUCGCGGUCCAACAUCCUUUACAUCGAGAGUUUGGCGCGGAUUCGCACGCUGAGUCUGACGGGCAAGCUCCUGUACCCUGUGGUAGACGAGUUUGUGGUACAAUGGCGAGAACUGGCCCAGAAGCACCGGCGCGCACGCUGGUACGGGAUCAUUGUGUGA